UGGACAACAGGCUCUGGAAAAUCUGAAGCGGGUUAGAAACAACAAAGAGUUUGUGUAUGAAAAUCUCAAACGCAACAAGGAAUUUACUCAGCCAACCCACAGACACACCAGUUAAUUCACAGUGGGGAGAGGCUGUUCACCUGCUCUGUGUGUGGGAAGGGAUUCACUCACUCAGCUGACCUGCAGACACACCAGUGAGUUCACAAUAGAGAGAGAGAGAGACAGCUCAACUGUUCCAUGUGUGGGAAGAGAUUCAUUCGGUUAUCUGAUCUGCUGAUACAUGAGCAAAUUCACACUGGGGAUCUGCUAAGACUGUGGGAAGGGAUUCACUCUGUCAUCCCACCUACCGCAACAUCUGCGAGUUCACACUGGGGAGAUGCCGUUUACCUGCUCAGACUGUGGGAAGGGAUUCUCUUGGUCAUCUGAACUGAAGAUACAUCAGCGAGUUCACACUGAGGAGAAGCCGUUCACCUGCUCAGACUGUGGGAGGGGAUUCACUCAGUUAUGCAACCUACAUGCACACCAUUUAGUUCACACUGGUGAAAGGCCGUUCACUUGCUCAGACUGUGGGAAGGGAUUUACUCGCUCAUAUCAACUAAAGGUACAUCAUCGAGUUCACACUGGGGAGAGACCAUUCACCUGCUCAUACUGUGGGAAGGGAUUCACUCAGUUAUCCCACCAACUGGCACACCAGAGAGUUCACACUGGGGAGAUGCCAUUCAUCUGCUCAGACUGUGGGAAGGGAUUUCCUGACUCAUAUCAACUGAAGGUACAUCAGCGAGUUCACACAGGGGAGAGGCCAUUCAUCUGCUCAGAUUGUGGAAAGGGAUUUCCUCGGUCUUUUCAAUUGAAUGUACAUCAGCGAGUUCACACAGGGGAGAGGCCGUUCAACUGCCCAGACUGUGGGAAGGGAUUCACUCAGUUAUGCAGCCUACGUGCACACCAAUUAGUUCACACUGAGGAGUGGCCGUUCACCUGCUCAGACUGUGGGAAGGGAUUUCGUGACUCAUAUCAACUGAAGGUCCAUCAGCGAGUUCACACUGGGGAGAAACCAUUCACCUGCUCAGACUGUGGGAAGGGAUUCACUGGGUCAUCUCAACUGAAGGUCCAUCAGCGAGUUCACACUGGGGAGAGGCCGUUCACCUGCUCAGACUGUGGGAAGAGCUUCUCUCAGUCAUCUCAACUGAAGGUACAUCAGCGAGUUCACACUGGGGAGAGGCCAUUCACCUGCUCUGAAUGUGGGAAGGGAUUCACUCGGUCAUCGAACCUUUCGUGUAAUCUAAUGGCACACCAGCGAGUUCACACUGGGGAGAGUCCAUUCACCUGCUCAGACUGUGGGAAGGGCUUCACUCAGCCAUCUCAACUGAAAGUACAUCAGCGAGUUCACACUGGGGAGAGACCAUUCACCUGCUCAGACUGUGGGAGGGGAUUCACUCAGUUGUGUAAUCUAUUGCAGCACCAGUCAGUUCACACUGGGGAAUGGCCAUUCACCUGCUCAGAAUGUGGGAAGGGAUUCACUUGUUCAUCCCACCUACAGACACAUCAGCGAGUUCACACUGGGGAGAGGCCAUUCACCUGCUCAGAUUGUGGGAAGAGAUUCACUCAGUUGCCUAACCUAUUGGCACACCAGUCAGUUCACACUGGGGAGUGGCCAUUUACCUGCUCAGAAUGCGGGAAGGGAUUCACUUGUUCAUCCCACCUACAGACACAUCAGCGAGUUCAUACUGGGGAGAGGCCGUUCACCUGUUCAGAUUGUGGGAAGAAAUUCACUCAGUUGCCUAACCUAUUGGCACACCAGUCGGUACACACUGGAGAGAGGCCAUUCACCUGCUCAGAAUGUGGGAAGGGGUUCACUUAUUCAUCCCACCUACAGACGCAUCAGCGAGUUCACACUGGGGAGAGGCCGUUCACCUGCUCGGAAUGUGGAAAGAGGUUCACUCAGUCAUCCAACCUUGUGGCUCACUACCGAGUUCACACUGGGGAGAAGCUGAAAUAAGCUUCAUGCUGAAUAUUUAACCAUCACAGUUGCUGAAUCCAGAGGCAAGUUUUAAAGUGACUGUUGGUGUCGAACCCUGCAAUUAUUGUUGCUGCUCAUGACACCCAGUUCUGCACCCUGGUCACUGGGCUUGGGAGGAGUUUCUUCUGAUAAUGUCCAUCUUUAUUGGGACUGGAGUUUAAUAUUCUGGAUCUGUGACAAAUAAAUCAGUUCUCACUGUUUUAAGUUCUGUCUCGGGUUCUUAGUAACACACCCAGUGUCUAGCUAGGAGUCAACUCAGCCCAGCUGGUCCCUGGCAGUGUUUCGGUUCCACAACAGUCCUUUUAAAUCCAUCCCUGCUGUUCACCUCUCCCUCUCUCUGAGGCAAUGGGUUCCAAACAGAAGUUUCCCCAGAAUUUCCUGCAUGACUUUCUACAGACUGAAUAAGAAGACGAGCUGACUGCAGUUGUGUGGACAUGUUCUCUGAAUCAAGGAGGAAUGACAUUGGGAGUUAACCUACUUAUUCACUGCUCAUUUCGACAUGCAUCAAUUUCACUGCUUCUAAAGUGCUGUGUCUCACGCUGCUGCGUUGUUAGAAGACACCACUGUCCUCUAAAGUCUGAAAGCGGAAUGGAGAGCCAUCAGUCGGAUGUUCAAUGGAACAGGGUCUGAAACCAGAGAUGGGUCAGCAGAGGGCAGAAUUUGGGGCUCUGGGCAGUGGUGGGGGUAAGAGCAUAUGAUUAGGAACAGGGAAUCACUGGGGGGUGCAAUAUUUGUAAGCUGAUUAGAUUGACUUUCGUGACACAAACAAUGCCUGUUGUGAGGCAUUCCAUCGGUCGAGGAAUUAGUGUGUUUGGAAUGGGUUUAUCUGGUAUAGGUCAUGCUUGUUAAUGAUAUUUCAUAUCUGGAUGGUUAUUAUUGAUCUAUCAACAAUAAUGUAUUAGUUGCAUAUAAUUUAUAAAGUAGGACUCUAGAACUAGAUUAGGCUUGCAUUUUUAGUAAGGCAUUCGUAUCUUUUAUGAGAUUGUAUCUUAAAGCAAGAUUUUGGCAAAUGAUAUUUGCCACUUGAUUGUGUCUGUGAAAGUACUCAGAUUGAGUUAAACUUUUUCAGGAUCCUGUAUUGUGUUGGAUUCUCUCCGGUUUCUCUUGGCAUUGUCUGCACGUAUUGUCUUGAAUUUGUUGGUAUUUUAUUAUGCAUUUUUGAUACCUUUUUGUGUUAACCACCUGGUGUAUUUCCACAAAGAACUCCUCUUUUCUGGGAAGAGGCUGUAACUCUGAUCCAAGCAUUUGAUGCUUCCUUGUCAACAUCUCUUCGUUAUCUCUUCGUUAACUUUCCUUCUCUCAUGAUAAUUUAUUCAUUUUUCUGGAUUGUAUUUUCAUUUAAGUUUAUUGCUGUGUAUUUAUCAGAAUUGUAUAUGCUGGCAUGGAGUGCUGAAUCCUGCUUUUGUUGAUGAAAAUAUAUCCUUAAAAUUACACAAUUUAUAUAUUACACAAAUCUGACUGUUGUGUAAAUUUUUUGGUGGUGUCUGUUAUUCCUCUUACUCCUUCUGUCCCAGGUGGUGUUAAUCUUAGUGUUUUUGAGUGCAGCAACACACAUCAAAGUUGCAGGUGAACGCAGCAGGCCAGGCAGCAUCUCUAGGAAGAGGUACAGUCGACAUUCCGGGCCAAGACCCUUCGUCCUGACGUUAUGUUAUUUGUGUUCAAGCGAAUGUUACACAUGUGUUUUUUAGUACAAUUUAAAUUACAUCAUAAUUAAGGGAUUGUGAUAUGGAUGAUGCAGAGAUUAAGGUUUAGUGUAAUAAAAAACAAGUAUCCAGUUGCAAUGCUUGUGUAUUGAGUAGUGCUUCUGUUGGUGUAGUAAUGACACUUCAGUUAGAGCUUUGAAUCUUGUGAAAGCUCUGGGAACAGUUACACUGAUUGAUCACAGUUUGAAUGAAUCAGUUGGCAAAUACUUUGUGCUAAUCCAGACCUCCAGUGAUGUGACUGAACUCACUCUGCCUGAUGUAUAAAUAAUAUAUUAAUGCAUAAUUAAUUCGAAGAAGGAAGUCUGAGAAUUGGAGCGGGAGUGCAGAGGAAGCCAUUUUUGAAUUUUUCGGUUUUUUUUCCAUCGGCGUUCAGAGAGGCGGAACUGUGCAGGCGUGUGACGUCGGGCAGUGAAGCGCGGAAGAUUUAAAAGGAACAGAGCCUCAUACAGUGGGCGGCGGGGUGAGCCAUGCGCAGAGUGAAGGCUUCAGGGCUUCGGCUCAACGGGAUUAGGGGGAAAUGGGCGCGGCGAGGAAGGUUUGGUAUUCAUUUUCUGUUGUUAUUUGAGGA